AUGUUCUUUCUGUUGUUUUUGUUUUUUCUUGUUCAAAUCUUCAAUGCUCAUCUGAUUAAAAAUGGAGAGCCUGAACCAAUCAAGACCUCGCCUUUAGAAGAAAUUGAUGCUGAGAUUCCCCCAGAACAGAAAAAUGCAUUAUACUAUUUUGUCAUUUUAAUGUUUGUCACAUCAACCAUCGUUUCAACUCUCCUAACUGGUGCCUUCCUCGUAGCUUCCAUUUUCCUAUGGAGACGUUUUAAGCACAUAUCUUCUGUCGUUUUUCUUCUCUGUCAAACUGUGAAAUUCGGCGUUGCCACUGCAUUUCUUAUCAAACGAGUUAUCAAUACGAUUUUUGGAGAUGAACCUUUAUGUAUUAACGGUAUUGACGCAGUAAUUUGUACACCUUUCUUCAAGAAGAAUGACUCGAAAGAAACAUCUCUCUCUGAAGUCUCUGCGGAGAUUCCCCCUGAAGAUAAAGACGGAGUUUACUACUUCAUUGUCACUCUACCGUUAGUUUAUAUCUGGAUGAUACUUGUCUGGAUACUUUCGGGAGCUGUCGUUUUAUCCAUGAUGAGCAAAAACUGUAGAUACGAGUAUGACAUGGCUGUAUUCGAACACUACGUUCUGAAGUGUCGUACUGAAAGUGGCAUCGCAAUAAGUCCAUCGUCGGUGAUUCAAAUGAUAGAGAUUGCAAUGCAAUUUGUUAUUCCUGUGUUCAUAUUGGCAGUUUAUAUCGCUCUAGUUGCUAAAAUUUGUACAAUAAAACAAGGCGCUCAAAAUAAUUAUGAAUCGACCAUUCUAAAACAAGCAGUUUUUAUUUUUGCUCUAUUUCAGAUAUCUUCUAUCGUGUUUCUUCUCUGUCAAACGCUGAAAUUCAAAGUAGCAACUGCAUUUCUGAUAAAACGAGUCAUCAAUACGACUGAAAUAUUUGCUGGAGCCGCUACUCCAUGUUUUUUCUUCUUCACAUCGAAGGACAUCAGGAAACUUGUAACUGUGAAAGUUUCAGCUACAAGUUCACAAAAUAAUUCUAAUAGUCAGCAGAGAAGAUUGACUAUCACCGCUGUUAUCCCACCUAAAGAUAAGGAUGCAAUCUACUAUAUCAUUGUUUCUCUGUUUGUGUCUGCAACAUUCGCUUCAACUCUUCUCACUGGCGCUUUUCUAGUCAUGUCUAUGAUUUUUUGGAAGAACUUCAAACAGAUGAAAUUCUUCUGGUUUCUGACUCAAUUAACGAUUGCUGUAUUCCUUAUGUCUUCCCUUAACUUUCUCAUCAAUGUCCCUGCAACUCUGUUCUCUUUGAUUACUAAAGAAUUUGUGCAAACAGAUGCAUUCUUCUUAAUGUCAAAUGUCAUCGACUUCUGUCAUAAUGCUGUUCUUUUUUCCAAUUUAUUGAUUGCAAUCCACAGAACGUGCGUAUAUUUUUGGAUGCUCCUCGUAUGGAUUCUUUCUGGAGUUGUAGUUAUAUCAAUGAUGAUUAACAAAUGUAGAUACGAGUAUGACAGCCGUGUUUUUAAACAUUAUGAACUGUUAUGUCUCUCUGAAAAAGAUACUGUAACAGGUCCACCGUCGGGAAUUCAAAUGAUGGAGAUUACAAUGCAAUUUGUGAUACCAAUAUUCAUAUUUGUUGUCUAUAUCGCUCUAGUGAUCAAAAUUUUCACAAUGACAAAGGCAACACAAAACAAAUAUGAAAUUACUAUUCUAAAACAGACAAUUUUCAUUUUUGUUCUAUUUGAGAUCAGUCCAAUCGUGUUUAUUUUAUGCCAGACGGUAGAGUUCGAGACUGCAACUGCAUUUCUAAUAAAACGAAUCAUCAAUACGCUAAUUGAAAAUGUUCCACCAGAAGAGAAGGAUUGGAUCUAUUAUCUGGUUAUAACGACAUUUGUGCUUUUCACAGUUCUAUCGACUUUACUCACAGGAACAUUUCUACUGUCUUCCGUAUACUUCUGGUCCAGUUUCAAAGCAAUGAAAUUCUUCUGGUUCCUGACCCAACUCACUCUUUCUGUAUUUAUUUUAUCUACUCUCAACUUGGUCAUCAAUGUUCCAGCAACUCUAUUCGCUUAUCUCACUCAAGACUUCACCAAAUCAGUUUUCUAUAUUGCAAUGUCUUACAUUAUUGACUUCUGUCAUUAUACAAUUCUGAUAUCCAAUCUCGUUAUUGCAAUCCAACGAUUUUUCGUUUUCUUCUUCAGACACUUGACGUAUAGAGUUUUCGACUCACUGAUCAUUUUCGGAUGGUUACUAUCAGUAUGGUCUGUAUCUGGAACUGUUACUAUAAUUAUGGCAAUGAACAACUGUAAAUACAACUAUAAGAAAACUCUUAAACAUUAUGUGUUAAACUGUCAACCAUUAAAAAGUGUUGUGGAUUUACCACCACCAAAAUGGAUUCAGAUGCUGGAACUAAUUCUCCAAUUCGGAAUCCCAUGUCUCAUUUUAGUCAUGUACGUUGCGGUGGUCAUUAAGAUUUCAAUAAUGAAGAAGACUUCACUUAACAAAAAUGAAAUCAGAGUCUUGAUUCAAGCCAUUAUUAUUUUCAUUCUUUUCCAGACUUCAUCGUGUGUUUUCUUAUUUUGUCAAACUCUCGAAUUCAACAGUGCCACUGCAUUCAUCAUAAAACGACUCAUUAAUACAAUAGAAAUAUUUGCCGGUGCUGCAACUCCAUGCUUCUUUUUCUUCACUUCCAAGGAGAUCCGGAAACUUCUUUCAACCAAGAUUUCAGCUGUCAGCUCACAAGGAAACUCACAUGUGAAUCUUGAUGCGGAGGUGCCUCCGAAUGAGAAAGGGUCAAUCUACUAUCUGGUGAUUACGCUAUUCGUGGUGUCUAUCAUCGCAUCCACUCUUCUUACUGGAGCAUUCGUGGUGGUGCUUAUUCUUCUAUGGGGGCAUUUCAAAACACUCAAAUACUUCUGGUUUCUAUCCCAACUCACUCUAUCUGUAUUCAUCCUAUCUGCAUUGAAUCUGAUUAUUAACGUCCCAGCUACGUUAUUCUCAUUGAUCACUAAGGAUUUCGUAUCUUCAGAUAUCUUCACCAUUUUAUCGUAUACAAUUGACUAUCUUCAUUAUACAAUUCUGAUAUCUAACCUCGUCAUUGCACUCCAACGAUUUUCAGUUUUCUUCUUCAGACAACUGACGUACCGAGUAUUUGAUUCGUAUGCCAAUCAGCAUAAACCACAGAAAAAAAGAGAUUAA